UUUAAAAUAUGGCGGUAUCUGAGAUAGGAACAGACCAUGUUUGGAAGAUGUGGCUUCCAAUAAUUAUAAACAUGCUAAUGUCGAUAGUUGCAUACGUUGUUACAGUAAAACUGAUACCUAAACUCAAAGAAAUGUUCAUUAAGGCAAACCUAUUUGGUAUCGAUAUGAGCAAAAGUACUAGUGAAAAAGUGCCCGAAGCGAUGGGGGUUGUUUCGGGGUGCAUGUUUCUAAUAACAAUGUUUCUGUUUAUACCUAUACCGUUUACGACAUUUUUAUUUGAGGGCCAGUUUCCGCACAAUGAGUUUGUAGAACUAAUAAGUGCCCUCUUAUCGAUCUGCUGUAUGCUUCUGCUCGGUUUUGCCGAUGACGUUCUUGAUUUACGAUGGAGGCAUAAACUGCUAUGUCCUACAAUUGCGUCAUUACCAUUGCUGAUGGUAUACUUUAUCAACUUUAAUUCUACAACUAUUAUAGUUCCAAAACCUUUUCGUGAAGUGUUGGGAUUUUCUGUAAAUUUGGGCAUAUUGUAUUACGUUUACAUGGGAAUGUUGGCGGUAUUUUGUACAAAUGCCAUUAAUAUUCUGGCAGGAGUGAAUGGUUUGGAAGUCGGACAAAGUUUAAUAAUUGCAUUAUCGAUUUCCUUAUUUAACUUAAUCGAAUUACAAAGUGGACAAUGGAAAGCGCAUCAAUUUAGCUUGUAUUUUAUGCUGCCUUAUAUCGCAACAUCGUUUGCUCUUCUCAAACACAACUGGUACCCAUCCAAGGUUUUUGUCGGCGAUACAUUCUGCUACCUGUCAGGAAUGACAUUUGCAGUUGUAGGAAUUUUGGGACACUUCAGUAAAACUACCCUACUAUUCUUCAUGCCUCAGGUUUUUAACUUUCUAUACUCGAUUCCGCAGCUAUUUCAUCUGGUACCGUGCCCUCGGCACCGACUGCCCAAGUUCAAUUCGAAAACCGACAAACUGCACAUCAGCACGACCAGUUUCAGAUAUUCGGAAAUGAACGUCGGAGGUAAAUUGUUUGUUAACUUGUUUCGUGUAUUGCGUCUAAUCCAGUGGCACGAAAAAAAUGAUUACGUUUUAACUAAUAACUUUACGUUAAUUAAUUUGAUAUUAUUAAUUUGCGGUCCGUUACACGAAGCCAAGUUAACCACGGUUUUAAUGAUUCUGCAAAUAUGUUGUACGUGUUUAGCGUUUUUAAUUAGGUAUCCGUUAGCCUAUUUAUUUUAUGAUACAUAGUGUACAGUAUUUAAUAAAUAGUUUUCUAUGGCAA